CACCUUCGCGCCUCUAACCCGGAAGCUCGCGUGUCCGCUUUUUGUUCCGCAUUGGGCGGGGUGGGGCUUACUCUUCAGUCACCUGUUCGGACCGAACGAGCGGAGGUUUUGAACGUGCGCGGAGGGGCGUGGCGCGCCUCAUUCCACUCAGGAAAAAAACUUGGGCUCGUUCUUUGUGGGCAACUUGGCGCGGUCAAGUCCUCGCGUUGCGUGCGGCAGUGCCAAGGCUUCGUCAAGUGGCCGCCGGAUGUUGCCCUCCGUGGUCACGUUGGACGCGCCGGAGCCAAGCCGGGAGCUGGAGCCGUGGCUCCUGGGCCUCCACCUCCCCCAGUACGCGUCGUGUUUCCAUCAGGGCGGCUACCGAUCUCUGCAGGACUGCGCCGACCUCACGGACGAGCGCCUGCGACAGCUCAAGGUGCUCCCGACCGGGCACCGCAGGCGCAUCCUGCGCGCUCUGGAGGUGCUGGGUGUCGUCGAGAAGCAACGUCGGAGAGACGAAGGCCCGAGAAAAAGCCUCCUGGCGGAGGGUCCCAAAAAAGGGGGCUCCUGUCACCACUACCGCCCAAAAGAACCGCCGUCGGAAGGGAGUCGGACCUUGCCUGCCAGAACGCGGACGGAAGACUCCGGCCUGCCGCCGCCGCCGCCAGCCAGCUCGUCCCUGUUGGAUCAUCACCCUGCUUCCUCCUCGUCCUCGUCCAGCAGCACCGAAUCACUGCUGACCUCUGAAAAGCCCACCCGCCCGGAGUUUGGCCCGGAAGUCGCCAUUGGCCCGGAAGUCGCCAUUGGCCCGGAAGUCGCAAUUGGCCCGGAAGACGCCAUUGGCCCGGAAGACGCCAUUGGCCCGGAAGACGCCAUUGGCCCGGAAGUCGCAAUUGGCCCGGAAGUCGCCAUUGGCCCGGAAGUCGCAAUUGGCCCGGAAGACGCCAUUGGCCCGGAAGUCGCAAUUGGCCCGGAAGACGAUGUCCCGACCCCGAGCGAUUACGAAGCGCCCUCGGGGUGCGGCAUGGUAGACAACGCCAUCUACAACACUCAGCCCACCGGCGCGCUCACCAGAGGUCCACGACUGACUCGCUCUUACCGGCUGAGGCACAGGCCGGUGCCCGACAUCCCGCAGCACCACAGGCGCGCGACGGCGGCGGCGGCGCAAACAAGCGCGCCCCGACACCCGGCCGUCUGCGGGGGUCCCGGCGGUGCGAACGGCACAAAGAAAGCUCCGCUUCACAGGACCUUGACGCCCAUCGCUCCCUACGGAGAGACCUUCCUCUACAACAGCGCUCAAAGCCUUCCGAACCCGGGUGGGGAAGAGGUGGCGCCAAAGGACACGCGGGAAAAGAAGAAGCGCAGCUCCGAGGACCGGGAGCGCCCCCCCAUCGCGGUUGCCCCAGACCUCGACAGAGACGAAUACGCCACGGUGGAAGAGUGCGCCGGCGUUUUCCCAAGCUUGCCGCAAAAUCCGGCAGAGUACGCGGCCUCCGGUCCCGACUCCGGCCCUGCUUGGGGGGUCGCGGCGGACCGCCAUCUCUCCGCCCGAUAUUUGGCGGCUCCCGGGGACCGUCUGCCUGAUAUUUCCCCGUACGCCUGCUUUUACGGCGCCGCGGAACCUCAAGUUCUGAAAAUGGGCUGGCUGGACAAGCUGUCACCUCACAGGAAGUGCGUCUUUCAGCGGCGGUGGGUGCGCUUCGACGGCGAGACGCUGGCCUACUACAACAGCGACAAGGAAAUGUACUCCAAGGGGAUGAUCGCGGCCACUGCCGUGCGGCAGGUGCGGGCUCUCGGUGACAACAAGUUUGAGGUCAUCACCUCGCUUCGGACUUUCAUAUUCCGGGCUGAGAAAGAUGCGGAGCGGCGCGAGUGGAUGGAAAGCCUGAAGGGGGCGCAGCGGCCCGCCGGCCGCGGCUCCCGGACGCGCCGCAGCCUGCGCCGCCGCUCCUCCACCACCAAGCGCGGCGCGCUGGAGCUGCGCGGCUACAAGGGCCGAGUCGUGGUGUCCCUGGCGACCGGCAAAGUCAGGCUCUGCAAAAACGAACAGGACUACAACGCCGGCUUGGCCAUCUGCGAAGUGGAUCUGACCGAUGCCAAUGUUCAGGACGCCGACCGAAGGGUCUUUGAAAUCAACACACCCUUUAAGAUGUUCUGUCUUUGCGCCGAGACGGAGCAGGAGAAGUCGGAGUGGAUCGAAGCGGUUCGGGAAUCCAUCACCGAGACGCUGUGCGACUACGAGGUGGCCGAGAAGAUCUGGUUCAACGAGGCCAACCGCAGCUGCGCCGACUGUCACCGCCGCCCGGCCGAGUGGGCGUCGCUCAACCUGGGCGUGGUCAUCUGUAAGAAGUGUGAGAGGCAGCACCGCUCGCUCGGCGACGGCAUCUCCAAAGUGCGCAGCCUGAAGCUGGACAGCGGCAUCUGGAGCAACGAGCUCGUGGAGCUCUUCUUGGAAGUGGGGAACCAGAAGGCCAACAGUUUCUGGGCCGCCCAACUUCCGCUGGAGGAAGAGCUCCAUGCCGGCGCUUCGGACGAGCGGCGCGCCACCUUCGCCCGCAGAAAGUACCGGGAGAGGAAGUACUGUCGCGUCCUCGAGGGCCUUCGCACCUCGGAGCAGCUCAACAAGGCGUUGUGUGGCGCCGUGGUGCUGCCCGACGUGCUGCGCACGAUGGAGCUGCUGUUCAGCGGGGCGGAUGUCAUGUGCGCCACCGGGGACCCGACCUGCUCCACGCCGUACCUCCUGGCCCAGCGCGCCGGCCAAAGGCUGCAGAUGGAGUUCCUGCAUCAGAACAGGCUCAUGGAUUUCCCAAGACUUGACCGGCAGUCAGACAACACGUCCUCGUCCGGGGCGGCCCCCUUCAUGGAUGGCUUCCUGUACAUCUCGGCGGGCCACGGCAGGACGCCGGCGGAUCGGCGCAGAGGAGAUGAGACGGUGCGUCGCUGGUGCACGCUGGAGGGCGGCUUCCUGACCUACUACGAGAGCCCCCGCAGCCCCACGGCGAUCGGCAGGCUGGCCGUGGCCGACGUGGUCAGCCUGGCCGUCGGCAACGCCGAAACCUUCACCGUCGCAGGGGCCGUGUUCACCGUGGAGGUGUACCUGCGGCCGGCGCGGAUCCUCGUCAUCGGCGCCGAGACGCAGGAAACGCGGCGCGAUUGGAUCCAGGCACUGACAAAGUGCUUGGUGCCGCCCAAAGCGCAAAGUCUGGUGCAGGAGAACAGCGAGCUGAUCGGCCGACUGCUCUACAAGGAGGGUCACGACCUUUACCACUGGCGGACGGGUUGGUUCGCGCUGGCCGGCUCCGUCCUGCACUUUGGCCCCGACGACGACGACGACGACGAGGGAGACGAGGAAGUGCUUCGUCUCAAACAGCUGCAGGAGCUCACCGUCACCAGCCACAGCGAGGGCGACGAGAAGAUCCCGGUGCUGCUGAUGGUGGAGAGCGGAAGAACCAUUUACAUCCACGGUUUCAGCGCCAGCGACUUUUCCCUGUGGCUCUCGGCCAUCACGCAGGCCGCCGGCACCGACAGCAGAGCGCUGGGCGAGCAGCAGCUCACCAAAAACGGCGUCCCCAUCGCGGUGGAGAGUUGCAUCGCCUUCGUCACGCAGUACGGUUUAUGCCAAGAGGGGGUCUACGAGCGGCCCGGCGAUCCCGCCGGCGCGGCUCAACUCUUGGAGGAGUUCACGCUGGACGCUCGUCACGUCAAGCUGAGGGAGAAAGAGCGCCGCCUGGAGGACGUGACCGACACUCUGAAGAGCUUCUUGCUUCAGGCGGACGACGCGCUCCUGACCAAGGAGCUCUAUCCCUACUGGGUGUCGGCUUUGGAUGAGGAGGAUAUGAGCCUGAGAGUGAGAAAGUACUCCGCCUUCAUUGAAAGUUUGCCGGAAACGAACAAGGCGACGCUGGAUGCGUUGCUCCAACACCUGUACAGGAUUCAGCAGUGUCGCCAGCUCAACCGCAUGCCGAGUGAAAAACUGGCCUCGGUCUUCUCCUCCUGCUUGUUCCAGACGCAGGGACAGACGGCGCAGGAGAUCCGCGUGGUCCGCGAUCUCAUCGACAACUACGUGGCUCUCUUCGGCGUCAAUGAAGAGCAGGUGCGACAGAUGGUGAGGGAGAAUAGUUUCAUCACCCGCUGGAAUGACAAAAAGGACACCGCGUUCUCGCCGGCUGGGGACUUGAUCUUUGAGGUGUACCUGGAAAAGCGAAGCCCGGAGAAUUGCUGCCUCAUCAAGGUUUGGCCCAGCAUGCGCUCGGCAGAGCUGGCCGAGACGGCGCUGAGCGUGCGCAACGUGACCUUUGACCCCGACGACGGGUGGACCACGUUCGAGGUCAUCGAGAACGGCGAGCUAGAGCGGCCGUUGCACCGCAGCGAAAAGAUUCUGGAGCAGGUGUUGGAGUGGAGCACGCUGGACUGCCCCAGUUCGGCUUUUCUGGUUUUGAAGAAGUUCGACGGGGCCAAACGGCAUGGCAAAGUGGAGCCCAAAGAGCUGGUCAGAAGCGAGCAUCUCAAGUUCAACGACGGCUGCUCCAAGCUGCUCUCCGGGCACAAGUUCCAGGACAGAUUUGUGGUGCUGCGCGCCCGCAAGCUGCUGCUCUACAGAGACGUCAAAAGCACAAAAGCCGAGAAGGCGAUCCAUCUCAAGGCUGCCAAAUGUUACCUGGGCCUGAAGAAGAAACUGAAGCCUCCUAGCAGCUGGGGCUUCACCGUCUACACGGAGAAACAACAGUGGCACUUCUGCUGCGAGGAGCGGGAGGCGCAGCUCGGCUGGGUGACCGACAUCAUCAGGAUGAAGUUUGACUCUGACCUCUGCUCGGACCCGGCGGACGGCGCGGCGGCUGACGGCCGAAGGCGCCCGCGGCCCUACGCCGCUUCGGGCAGACGGGUGAGAGACGGGAGGACUUCACUCUUGGCCGAGAGCGGCACCGCCGACGGUUUGAAGCCCUCGGGCCGGCAGCGGCGUUCCGUGGUGGAUCCGUCCCAGCCCGCUUGCCGCCCGAGCCGCUUGCGGACGUCUGGCGGGAAGCCCGGCCCGGGGGGCGGGGAGGCCAAGAUGCCCCCGAAUCUGCUGAGCGAGCUGAAUUCCGUGCUGAAUAAUAAGACGGGCCGGGGCGUCGCCGGCACCGAGUGACUGCAGUGCCCAGAUCGGGACAAACUAUGGUGGCGCGAUGUCACGGUGUUUUUAUAAAUGACGAGAAUCCUUCCGCCCCCCCCCCCCCCACUCCCCGAACGCACGAUGUUUGGCCACGCCCCAUUUCAGGCCGUACGCGGCUCCUCAACUGUCGUGACUUUGACCCCCCUGUGCUAGCGCCACCUGGCGGUAAAAGGAUGAAAAUGGUCACUAUUUCUCUGGGUAUUGUCAAACCAUUUCAAGCAAGGCGCAGCUUGAUUUUGCCGCCGUACUCAAUCGUGUGUCGUGUGAAGCAUUAAAAAUAAACUCCUGGAAUGAAAGCAAUGAAUGAAUGAAUGAAUGAAUCAAGUGGUGCCUUUGUCUUCAGUAAUGCAACACGGCGUGCUGAAAAUGCACACCAAGGCGAUUCGUCAUGGCCAUGAAUUAUUGAUUUGACUUUAUUUAUUUUUUUGGGGGGCGGGGGGGCCUCAUCGAGUGAGCUGCUUGCAAUUUCACGUCUCUGAGUGUUUGCUCACUUACAAAGAAAUGAACAGCCUCCACUUUGGUGGUUGUUGAUUUUAUUUUUUGUUUGUUUUUACAGUUGCCGUGAGCAACGGGCAGCCCCCGACAAUGCAGCAAAGUGAAAUGACAAAUCUGAGACAG